GCCAAAUGAAUCCCUAAUCGUUGUAUCAUCGUGCGAAAGCGUUAAAUUCAAUUGUAUAUGAAAAGCCAGCUCAGCACAGCAUUUUAGCUGAAAGCUCAUUUGUGCGACAUGUUCUCAUUCCUCAAAUCCCCAGGCUCCUAAACAGCCGUCAGCCCACUAUUACGCAACGUCACCGCUGUACUCCCCCAGCGCCGCAACCUAAGACAAUCCCAGCCUACAGCACCCAACGUCGCCCGCGCGACCCGCUAUUCAUUCAGGCACAUUACUACCAGAAUCGCAUCCAUGCCGGCCACAGCAGAUACACCUUCUUCGCCGCCCGCCCGCUCCCCUCCCCCCAAACAACCCUCCCAGCGAUCUACGCCCAAGCGCUCCUCCUCAUACUUUACGUACCCGGUCUCGUACGCGGUAUCUGGCAUUCUGCGGCGACUGAACACCGAUUCGAGCCCCAACGCCGCCUCAGAUUCAAAGGCAGAGAACAAUAGCAACAGCGCGAGCAACAUACAAGCGCAACUCCAGUCCACCGCAUCGUCCCUCUCACACUCCUUCGCCAGCCUCGUAUCCUCGUCCACAUCAGACAUGAAUUCAGUCUUCCAGCCACCACGAACAGCGUCGCCCUUCCAACCGCCGCCACUCACACCGUUAUCGUUGAAGGGGUGGCGGAGUGGCAUGCGGGAGAAAGGCAAGCUACUGAGCAAAGCGCUGGCGGAGGAAAUCAGGCUAUUAGUGCCGCCGAGGCUACAGCUUGUAGAUGAGUGGAGCUUGGCGUACAGUUUGGAGCAAAAUGGGGUCAGCUUAGGGACACUGUAUCAGAAGAGUGAAGAGUACAGGGGGAAGAGGGGUGGUUAUGUGCUUGUGGUUAGGGAUGGCGGUGGCAGUGUCUUCGGCGCAUACCUUUCAGAUCCACCAUAUCCCUCGCCACAUUUUUACGGCAACGGCGAAUGCUUUCUCUGGCGCGCACACAUCCUGUCCUCGAUACCCGACCUCGCGAAUCUUCCACCGCCUCCUUCUGCAGAUACCACAAAUGCUGUUCGCAUGACAACAAUAGCGACACCAAAGUCGAAGCCUGAUGCACUAUCGCCACCACAAAAUGGUCAAGCGAACAAGAGCGGGACGAGCACGCCCGACAGGAUAAGAUUCAAGGCGUUUCCAUAUAGUGGGGUCAACGAUUACAUGAUAUUUUGCGAGCAUAGUUAUUUAAGCAUUGGUGGGGGUGACGGUCAUUAUGGCCUUUGGCUAGACGACAACCUUGAGAACGGCGUUUCCGAUACUUGCCCAACAUUCGGCAACGAGCCAUUGAGCGACGACGGCAAAAAGUUCGAUGUUAUGGGCGUGGAACUAUGGUACAUUGGCGCAUGAUCAAGCUGUCUAUUUUCUCUUCGCAAGAUACCAAAAUAUGUUCUCAACUCCGGUGGCAUUGGAUUUCACGUGCUUUCAACGGUCAGGUUUUACACAAAAAACGAUUCUCAAUGAUACCACACAUGGCAGGCUCAACACAGGUGAGAUAGUACACCUGCAGGAUGGGUGAUUUACCCAACACGCUUAGUAUUCAAAACGAUUGGCUUUUACCACUCUU